CCCGCCCCGCCCAGGCGCGGCCCCGGCACCUGCUGAGGCGGCGGCGGUGGCGGCUCCGGCCAUGGGCGCGCUCCCGCGGGCCGCGCUGGCGCUGGCUGCGCUGCUGGGUGUCUCCUCGGCCGUGCUGGAGGUGCAUGUGGGGACAGGCUCGGUCUUCUCCGUGGAGGGGCAGCAAGCGGUGCUGCCCGCCUGGUACACCAGCCGCUCCCAGAAGAAGCCCUACGUCACCUGGCUGCUGGAUAAGGACGAUGCCGACCCCUUCCAGAUCCUGACCUACCUGGACGGGAUGGUGAAGGUGGAGGAGACGGACCUGAAGCCCCGCGUGGGGUUCCUGUACCCCGUCCUCACCCACAACAUCUCGGUCUUCAUCAACGCCACCCGGGAGCACGACUCGGGCCAGUACAUGUGCACCGUCAACGUGGUGGACGACGACAGUGGCACGGGCAAGAACAUCGGCGUCAUCAACCUCACCGUCCUGGUGCCGCCAGCCUCCCCCGCCUGCCAGCUGCACGGCAACCCCGCCGUGGGAGCCAACGUGACGCUGAGCUGCGCCUCCGAGAAGGGGAAGCCCUCGCCCGCGUACCAGUGGCAGCGCACGGCUCCCACCCUGCAGGUCUUCUUCCCCCCUGCCCAGGACCGGGCCAGGGGCACCCUCAAGCUGACCAACCUCUCCCUGGAGAUGUCGGGUGUCUAUGUCUGCGUGGCCGAAAACCGAGCGGGUUCGGCCAAGUGCAGCAUCGUCCUGGAGGUGCACUCAACUAGCACCAAAGCCGUCAUCGCCGGUGCCGUGCUGGGCUCCCUGGGUGCCCUCGCCACUGUCAUCUUCUUCGCCCAGCGGGUCGUCGGCUACCGGAGGAAAAAACGUGAUAGCCAGGAGGAGGCAGCCAACGAGAUCAAGGAAGACGCCGUGGCCCCCAAAACCCCCUCGUGGGCGAGGAGCCCAGCUUCGGACACCAUCUCCAAAACCAGCACCUUGUCCUCCAUCGCUGGCACCCGGGAGAAACCCUACGGAGCCAAACCCCCCUCCGACACCGCCUCCAUCCUCACCGCCACCGGCAGCUACCGGGGACCCCCACCCCGGGGAGGGGGACGCACCCCCAACCUCUCCCCCCCCGCCGUUAACGGGGCCCCCCAGCAUUGCCAGGAUCCGGCCCCCCCCCCGGGGUUGUUGCCCCCCUCCAGCUUGGCACGGGCGGGCGCCGUCCCCAUCAUGGUGCCGGCGCAGAGCCGAGCUGGCUCCUUGGUGUGAGCCCCCUCCCAAAAAAAGGGGUGCUUGUAUCCAGCACACACCACCACCCUCCCCCAUUUUCUGGGGUGUUUUUUUUCCCUUUGGGGUUUGUUU